AUAAUGCCGCUGAGUUUCUUUCUCGCUUUUUCUUUAUGAUUUACUCUUUAUACAUUAUCAACAAGGCAGGUGGUCUUGUUUAUCAAAAAGACUUUACGAAACAACUAGAAAAAUUGUCUAGUAAUGAAUAUUUAGUUUUGGCUGGUACAUUUCACGGUGUUCAUGCGAUUACAUCCAAGAUUUCCCCCAUCCAUAACUCAUCAGGUAUAGAAAUGUUGGAAGCAGAGAACUUUAAGCUGUAUUGUCACCAAACACUGACAGGCACCAAAUUUUUACUUAUUACUGCACCUCAGCUUAACAGUGUGGAUAGCUAUAUGAAAAAGAUCUAUGACAUCUAUAGUGAUUUCGUUAUGAAAAAUCCUUUCCAUACACCAGAAAUGCCCAUUCGUUCAGACCAAUUUGAUCAAUCCUUAUUGAAGUUUAUUAAUGCACAAGGCAACUAAAAUGAUUUCAAAAGCUUCGACUCAAAGAAUCCAAACAAACUUUAAGCUUUACAAAGAAUUUCAAAUAAAGAAUGAUACUAUAUAAAUCCCUCUUUAUUUUUACACAAGA